CCAGCCGUGACUUUUCGCUAUUCUCCUAUUGGAUUGUGAACUCAUCAUCAGAGCUGAUCCUCACUGAAGAACAGCCAACGCCUCGGUAAUUCACGGUUAACGUGAGGAUUGCGGAUAAGCGGAUCCGGGUGCAGCUUUCGUUAAAAAGCCCGACAUCGCCAGUGGAGCUUGACAGUGCCUUCUUUUACUGAUAACAUCGAGGAGCUUUCAUUUAUUUCGUCCUUUGCUGUGCUACCUGAGGUGGAUGUAUCGCCAGGUGCUCGUGAUCGCGGUGUUCGCCGCUUUUCUAUGCGGUUUUCCAGCAUCAUGCGCUCGUAAUUUAAAUUACAGACCCAUCAUCGGAAUUUUAGCCCAGGAAAACUUGGAGGACGACCCUCAUGCACAGGGAUCUUCUUAUAUAGCUGCAUCAUAUGUGAAGCACUUGGAGUCAGCUGGUGCCAGGGUUGUACCAAUUCACAUAAAUCGCACCGAGGAGGAGUACGAAAAACUGUUCAACGCAAUAAAUGGUUUACUGCUGCCUGGUGGGAAUGUGGACAUUGAAAAGUCUCAGUUUACCAGAGCGGCGAAGGUUUUCUAUGAACUUGCAAUAAAGGCUAAUGAUGCUUCAGAUUAUUUUCCGAUCUGGGGCACCUGCCAGGGCUUCCAGCAGCUCACGGUUCUGACCAGCAACAAGAACUUGUUGACCUUGACUGACACCAAAGCAGUCGCCCUGCCGUUGACCUUCAGCCCAGGAGCCCAAAACAGCAGGUUGUUUAAGAAGUUUCCAAAGGAUGUCCUUCAGUCUCUGGCAGAAGAAAACAUCACGUCCAAUUUCCAUAGCUGGAGCUUGUCCAUGCAGAAUUACAGCAGCAAUGCCAAGCUUAAGCGUUUUUAUCGAGUCCUGACUACAAAUACAGACAGCAAGAAGGAGUUCAUUUCCACCAUGGAGGCGUAUCGAUAUCCCUUCUAUGUCGUUCAAUGGCACCCAGAGAAAAGCCCAUUUGAGUGGAUUGAGAAAGCUGGCAUGGUGCACACGCUCUCAGCCAUCAAAGCCACUUUCUACACUGCCCACUUCUUUGUUUCUGAAGCAAUGAAAAACCAUCAUCGGUUUUCUUCGCAAAGCGAAGAAGAAAAAGCUCUGAUUUACAACUAUCAGCCUGUCUUCAAAGGCCUCAACAGCAUCUUCCUGCAAAAUUACUACUUUGAUUAAGUGCUUACAGUAUUCUUUGUGGCAGAAAAAUUAUUUAUUUUAUUUGUUUUUAAGUAUUGUUUUUAUUUCUUUGCUCAAAAGUUCACCAGAACCUGAUGUUUGGAAUGCUGGGAUGCAUAAUUGUAACAUUCAUGCUUCUUAUUCACUCAUGUAGCUCUUGAUUGUAGAUUCUGGAUGUAGAUGUGAAGUGUUUUAGAAUCAUCAUUGCUGAAUGUAUCGAUGCGGUUAUAUCCAAUUCAGAAGUCAUAUUAUAUAUCUUCUAGUGCCAUCGUUCAGAAGUUGAACAUUGUAAUGUUUCACAGGGUUCAGUAGCAUGACCAAUGCAAUGUUAAAAUGUUCUAUUACUUUAUCAAUAUCAGAGAAAAUAAA